GCCUUCCUGCAGUCUGCGGGAGCGGGGCGCCGUGAGACAGGCCGCGGCGGCUAGGGGAAGGUGUCCGGGCUGGGUGGGGGCUUUCAAGUUUGCUGUCGGGGCGCGCUGCCGAGCAGUUGGCCUUCCCAGGAGCUAGCGCUGCCUUCAGCGGCGGCCGCGGCCUGUCCCGCCUGUGUGUCCCGCUGCCAGCCGGGCGUGUUGGCGUCAGUAGAAGCAACAUCCGCCUGUGCCCAGAGCUCGGCUGCGCGGUUUUCCUUGUUGUGUGAAACCCUUUACCCAAAAUACCGCCCAUAGCAUGCCUUUCAAAUGCAUUCAUCUUAGGGAGGCGAAGAAACAUUCCUUGAGUAGCUAGCAAGGGACUGUUGUGAUACCUGAGGAUGUCGCUCUGAGCCAUCUGAGACUGGUGGAAGUCUCCUAAAAUAAGGAUGAAAGUAUCCACCCUUAAUGGCAAAUAGAUGAUAGGAGAAACAUACAAAUAAACAGCAUGACACGCAGCCUCUAAAAAUACCUGUUCAAUUCGUAUAAACAGUUUCUUUGGUAUCUUGACAAUAGCUUGCAUCUGCCUUGAGGUGACAGCUCUCAAGGGCAGACUUCUUGAUUUCGUGCCUAUCUGUGGAGACCGCAGGCAUGUGUUGCUGCGAAUGUUGUAAUUUGUUGUGUCUCUCUGCAAAGGGAGAGCAUGGUGGCAUAUUUCUAAGGAAACGGUGAAAAUACAGAGCACAACCUUCCAGUGAGAUGAACCAGUGAAUUUAAUAGCAUGAGGGCAACAUGUGCCAACCAAAUCAAAUUGUAUUUCCUCUGCAGCUUGAAGUGCCUUUCAGUAAGGGCUACCUAGUGAAAAGAACCCUUCAGCAACAAUUCCAGUUGUUUCUGCUUGAGUUUCGGAUACAACCACUAUGUUGUAGUAUCUUAGCAGCUUCAGGAAAUGCUUCUGGUUUGGCAUUUGGUAGCUGUACCCCUUUGGAGGCAUGUGUGCUGCAAGUCCAUCUGGCAGUAAAAUAGGAUUGAAGGUAAAAGGUUUUCAGCUAACUCUGAAGCUCUGUGAUGUGAAAGGAUGUGCAAAAAAAGUCAAUGCUGUGUGCCAGUUCAUUAUUUGCUCUUGACAUAGGAUCAUACAAUCGAACAAUUCAGCUUGAAUGGGAUCUUUGGAGUUCAUCUAGUUCAACUCCCUGCUCAGAGCAGUGCUAUCAACAAGUUAGAGCAGUUGCUUCAGGCCUUGUUUGGUUAAGCUGUCUCUUGAAAGCUUUAAAAUGGAGUUAAAAGCCGUGUCUGAAAUUUAGCCAGUUUGGAGCUAAGUGGCCCAAACUUUGGAAAGUUACAGAGUUUUAAGUAGUCUGAAUGAAGCAUGCUUUUCUUUGGUUAAUUGGAAGUUGUGAUUCCUUUCCAGUUUUGGUAUCAUGAUUUUGGUUCUCCAGUUGUGCAACAGAUUCAAUGUGCACAAUAUAGAGAUUUUUGGAAGAUAAAAGGCAAGCAGAUAAGUAUGGUGCCCCUCAGCACACAGAUUUUCUCUUAGUAGAUACAAAACUGCAAUAUUUUAAAAGUAACAUUUCCUUGUCAUUAACAAAAAUCAAAAAGGUUGAUAAACCACUUCAAAUUUGAAAGGUUCUUAGUAUCUUGCCUAGCUAAUGACUUAUUUAUUUAAAGGCUAAAGUACUAGUAGAGUCCAGUGUUCAUAAAGAUGCAGCGUAAUCAGAUUUAUUUGUAUGUUCUUAACAGCAUGAAGUUCUUCCCUUACAAAACUUGACUCUUGUGCCUUACUUGUCCUCUAAAUGAAAAUGUAUUCACUCAGUGAAUCAAGGCUGAUGGAAUGAAGGUAGCUGAUGUAAACUGUUAUCUAUCUUAAUCCAUUCCUGUGGUGUCACAGUGUUUCUUAGCCUGUGAAGUCAGUCUUUGAAGAAAUCCCAGCAUCAUUAUUUGCACUGCUUGGUGUCUACAGGUCCCAGAUAAAACAUACUUUAUAGAGGAGCCUUAAACACAGUGAAAACUUCCUGGAGAAGCUUAUAUUCUAAGUAGGCAAGAAAGAUGAAGAGAGAAUGAAAAAAAGAUAAUAAGAUAAAUGAAAAUACCUAUGCUGUUGUACGUUCCAGGAGUGUCUUCUAAAUGUCAUCUGUGUUUUUCUUCAGUACUCAAAAAUAUACUGACAUGCGUUAAGGGAAAAAGUUAUAGAAACUAAAUGGUUAUAUUAGUUAUGGGAUUGCACUUUUCACCUGCUAAUGCAAAUAAUUAAUUUCAGCACACUGAUGGUGUAAGCUGUAGAUAAAAGCACAACGUCAGCAGAUGCACUUCUCAGUGUCCUAAGGACUCCAGAGAAGGUAAGACUGGAGGGUAAAAUAAGAUGAAAGAGUGUACAGCAGCUCAGCUCUUCCUUUUGUGCAGAGAGUGUAGUCACAGCAUCCUUUACAAGGCUUGGCAAAAUUUCUGCCAACCUAUUUCAGUUUUUUUCCUCCAGGCGGUAGCUAGUCCACCUACACUGGGGAAUGUCAAACUACAUUAAGAUGUCAUUUGAGUCAUGUUGUUAUGGUUGUCCUCAGAGUCACCUUUUCUGUCAAAGUCAUAUCCAUAUCGAAAGUACAUAUCUAGUACUUCUGUUAGUGUAACCUCAAGAUGAAUCGCCCACUCAAAAAAAUAAAAGAGGUAUUAUGGGAUUUGAAAAAAUCUUUGCCUUUCUUAUUAUAGUGAUGUGGAAUUAAGAAACUUUAGAGGCAACUUCUCCAUUUGUUCCCCACAAUAAAAAAUGCACCUUAAUUCACGUUUUGUAUCAGCUAGGGUGAUCCCUGUGGUUACGUUAUGAUCCUAUAUUGAUCACACUGUGGUAUCUACAGAAUCUCUGUGCCUGUUCCUGACACCCAGGCAGUGGGGCUGCAUAUUGCUAUAGCUUGUGCCAAUUAAGAUAUUGUCAACCCCUUCUUUUUCACACAUCCCAGUGUGACCCCCCUUUUGGCUACAGGAGUAAGAAAUAUUCUGAUUCCACCUCUCCUUGAAGUGUCAGGCCUCACAAAUUCAAGUCCUCAUAACCUUUUAGUGCAUCUGUACGUUCGUAUUGUAUGUUUUUAGACAUGCUUUUCUGUGAAGCUGAUUAUGAAACACACAAUAGUGAUUUGUGUGUGCGUGCAUCUGUUUUUAAGUUACUUCAUUCACGGUUUAUGGCAGCUUUUCAUAGGAUUUUACGGUAUACUUUCCAGAUCUGCCCAGCUUCUGAGAGAUUGAAUCUGUCAGGACCUGCAGCAAGACAACUCCACAAAAAGAGGCACUUUCAGAACAAAGAUGAACAUUGGGAAAGCUUACAGUACCUUUAACAUCAGCAAUGGAACGGAUCUAGCUAUUGGCUUUACCUCGUCCACAGUAGCUGUCCUUCUAUUUGGGACAAACUUUGUGCCUGUUAAGAAAUUUGAUACUGGUGAUGGCAUGUUUUUCCAAUGGAUUCUCUGUGCCUCUAUAUGGAUAGUUUCUUUGGUGGUCAAUUUAAUCCAGAAUUGCCCCCGCUUUUGGCCUCUGGCUAUGGUUGGGGGUUUUGUGUGGGCUACAGGCAAUGUUACAGUUGUCCCUAUUGUUAAAACUAUUGGCUUAGCUCUUGGUCUUUUGAUAUGGGCUUCUUUUAAUUUGCUGACAGGUUGGGCAAGUUCAAGGUUUGGUUGGUUUGGAAUUGACCCAGAAGAAGUAUCAAGACCAAUCUUAAAUUAUAUUGGAGCUGGGCUUUCACUAUUAAGUGCUGUCAUAUUUCUUUUUAUAAAAACUGAAGUCCAGAGUUCUUCAACUUCAUUAGAAAGCACGCCUUUACUCAGAGAAAGUUCCAUUAAUGUUUCUGAAGAUACCUCUGAUGAUUCGUGGGUGAACAGACUUUCUCCAGCAAAAAAGAGACUCAUAGGAUGUAGCCUAGCUGUAGUAGCUGGAAUACUCUACGGUUCCAGUUUUGUACCAGUACUUUACAUCAAGGACCACGGAAGAAGAAAUGAAACUGUAUACGCAGAAGCAAGUCAAUUUGAUUUGGAUUAUGUUUUUGCACACUUCAGUGGAAUAUUUCUUACAAGUACCGUCUACUUUUUGAUCUACUGUGCAGUCAGGAAAAAUAAACCUAAUAUUUAUCCCCAAGCCGUAUUGCCAGGGUUUGUUUCUGGUGUGCUUUGGGCAAUAGCCAAUUGCUGCUGGUUCAUAGCCAAUCACUAUCUCAGUGCUGUGGUCAGCUUUCCAAUAAUUACUGCAGGUCCUGGCCUUGUUGCUUCAAUGUGGGGAGUCCUUGUAUUUAAAGAAAUCAAGGGACUGAAAAACUGCGUGUUACUCUCAGUAGCAUUUUGCAUCAUUAUGGCUGGAUCACUCUCUACAGCUUUUUCUAAAAUUUGAAAGGAUCUUCUGGACCAGUAGAUGGUGCUGCUGUUUAAUAGAAAGACUAUUGGUAUAUAUUGCAAUACAUAAUGAUUUUCAAAAUGAAUGUCCAGCAUUUACCCUAACUUACUUCAGGCAAGUGAAAAAGAAAACCUUCGCUCCCAUUUGGCAUGAAAAUCUGGAAAUGUUUGUUUCUGCAUUUCUUGGACCAGUAACAAUAUGAAAGGAUUUUAAUAAAUAAAGCUAAAUGAUUUUGUAGUUAUUAACUUUUUUUUCUGGUUCAGCUACCAUGUCAUCAUAAAUUGCAGUUCACUGUUGUUAUGGUGGAUAAAUGGAUUUUAAUUCUUAGUCUGUAAUUAUGUAUUUGCAAGCUGAUUUGUUUUAUUCUAAUGUCUGUCUUACUGACUUGAAUAUAAAAUGCGUCUUGGAAUACUCUUUAUGGAACUGAUACACAUGAAGAUAUGAAGCAUUUUUUAAUUUAGAACCAUUAUUCUUUAAAGUCAUCAGUUUACAUAAAGAUGUUACUUCCAAUCACUUCAGAAUUUUGAAGGAAAUAUAGAUUAAAAAAAGUACUGUAAAAUAAUUUACUUGUGUUUGCUGCUAACCUGUUUUGCUGCAAGAAAAUAUGUAGAAAUCGGGACGAGGAUACAAAGUUGGGUUUAUUUUGUUUGCACCUAAACAUUACAUUUCUGUGUUGAAAGAUGAAUUAAGUAUGUGGUCCAAAUAACUUUGGGCAUUUUGUGAAUACAUACUUUUCUAUGCAGCAUAUUCAAAUCUUAAAAAUUAUGUAUGGCAAUGUUUAUUAUAUCAAAGCAUCAUGCUAAAAUUACCCAAUCUGCCCCAUAAAGGAAAUUCCUUAUGUUGCAUACACUGUUCCAUGACAGCUACUGUUUAGUUUCUUACUCAUGGCAGCUAAGAUCAUAUGUGCGAAGCAUGUUGUCUGAACCUCCCCAUAGUCCUUCCUUCAGUAUAUUAGACAACCCCAGCUCCUGCAGCCUUCCCUUGUUUGUAACGUGCUCAUCGUUUUUCUUGCUCUUUCCUGAACUCUCACUAAGUAUCUGUCUAGAAAUACUAGACAUGGCAGUCAGACUGCAGUCUUAGAAAAAAAAUCAAGAGCAGCAGCUGCAAGAUUUUUCUUUUUUCAUCCCAUUUGCAGGCUCUGUUCAUGGUUACACAUCAUAGUACGGCGCUUCUUGCCAUCACAGCUUGAUAGUGUUAACAUGUUCAGAUUGCAAUCAUAAUUUCUCCUUUCUCCCUUACUCCCUUCCUUGUCUACUAUUUAUCAGAUUUGAUCUCAGAACUGUUACUUAGCCUGCUUUUUCCCACUCCGUAUUUAUUCCUACCAAGUGUCAGAACUUGGUGUCUGAUAGGUUUUUUUUCCCUCCUUAAGGCAUUUCUCUAGUUUUGCUCUGUAUGUUAACCCUGUCCUCCAACAAGUUGGCAGCAUUUUUGCAGCCAGCUGUCAUCUGCAAAUUUAGUAAACAUACUCUCUAAUUAUUGUAAAUAAUAUAUGAAAAUGCUGCAUGAUACUGGCCUUUUCUUACUUUUUGAUAUCUAAUGUAAUUCUUCUUUUCACUGACAGGGAACAGUUGAUUACUCCUUUGAGUACAAUUUUCCUCUGUUUUACAGUGGUUUUACUUACACUGCAUUCUCCCAGCUUUUAUGCAGCAGUUGUUCAAGUCAAGAUACAUGACGUGUUCUACCUUAAUCCUUGAUAUUGGGAAGAAAACUAAUUAUUUUUCUUUCCAAUAUCCAGGUCAGACGCAAGUUCUUCCUGGCAGAUCCUUGACUGUUACUUACCUAGCUCUUAUUCUGUUGACUCAGACAAAGAUGCAUAAUUUAUUCCCAUAUUUGUGAAAUAAUUUGAGUUAAAUUGGAUGUUUAUACUUUCCCUGGAUCUGUUUCCCUUCUUCUUAAAGAUCACAAGAACUUCUAUAUUCCUGCGAUCUACCCUGUGCCAGAAAAUUGCUGAUAAGCAAAGAAUUAAAAAAACCAAAAUGCAGUGUUCUCAGUCUCCUCUACUUUACAGGUAGGCUUUAAUAUGUCAGUUCUUUCCCAGUCAGUUCUUAUUCCUUUAUCACUGAUCGCAGUUUGUUAACACUGACUAUGAUCUGUGUAAGACUGAAGGAACUGUAACUCACUAGUUUGCUAAAAUAAUUACAAUGCAAUACAGUAUUUAUAAAGAUAGUGUGAUUACAGCACCAGUCCACUUUGAUAUACCAAUGCAAUCGCUCAGCAAGGAUCAUCUGUUUAGUUUACUACUAUCUGCAGGUCACCUUCCACAUUUGUUUAAAAUCUGCAAGAACAGCCCACACUAUUCAAUGAGGUGUUCUCUAACUAGUUUAUGGUAAGCAAAUUACUAAUUCCUUCAUGUUGGAAGAUGUUGAGCCAGAACUCUCAGGGAGGAGAACCAUGUCCACAUAGGCUUGUAGAGUGAACUAGCCUGUUCACACCACCAGGGUAGAAAACUAACUUCUAAUGAGCGCCACAGGUCUCUGAGGCCCCAGAGACCCUCAGAGCACCUUCAAGGGAGAACAGGAGUAAGCAGAAACAAAGAGAAACGAGAUACAAGAAUGCAUGGCUCAAGUAAUAACUGAGCUAAGCAUCAGAAAAACAAAGGCACGUUGUCUAGUAGAGCAAAGCCCUGUGAGGAAAAUGAAACGGGAGCAGACAAAGCUGAGUGAAGAUGUUACAGAGAGGGGUGCAUCGCAGAGCAGAAACAGAUGUGGUAUCUCUUUGUGGUCUUCCACAGCUGGGCAAGCCACAGCAUUUACUGAAGAGUCAGUGUAGAGGGGCUGUCAUGCAAUUGCUGGUUGCUCUGCGACGACUCUGGUUGGUAAUCUGCAUCUCCAGCUGUGUGAGAAAUAAAGCAGGAUUGCUCAAACCCAAACACUGUGGGACCUAGUUUAUCCGUUACCUUGAUCAGCUGCUUCCCAUCCUACACUACAGUGGAGUGCAUUAGGCCUUGUCUACUACUGUAGUACCUUGAAGAUCUGAGUUUUUUGGUGCUGUGAGUAUCCUGAGUGAAUGCUUCUUGAGUUUUUCAGAAUUCUUGCCCACAGCUUACAGUGAUAGGACAAGCUGGCUACUAGUGCUAUAGUGGAAAUGUUACGACAGGUUAGCAAGUAGUAGAAAAAUUUGUCCUGACAGUACCUGGUUUUAAUUGCUUGAGUUCCGAUUCUGUCUUGCUCGCUGCAUUUGUCGUGGUUUGAGAUAAAUCUGAAAAUGGACAAUGAAACUCAAUCUGCUACACUUAUCCCUUAUUAGAGGACUGGCUCUGUCUCAUGCUGGUUGUGCAAAAAAAGUGACGCUGACCUACACCUUGACAGUAGAGAUACAUUUAUGGUUUAGGCUUAAACUGUUACCAUAUGCUUCAGUUUGCUUUAACUGAAGAGUCUCUUCUGCUAUCUUAAGCUUCUACUGUCUCUCUUGAGGGGUGUUCUUAACGGCUGGUGUGGGCCCAGCGUCCAUCUACUGGACACGGUUACAGGGAACAGUUGAAUCUUCCAGGGUGGGAGCACCUUUACCUUUCCUGGUUUCUGUACAAGGUCACUGGCUUUCUGAAAUAAAUGAGAGCACUGAACUCCUGACCAUAGCAAUUGCCAUGUAAAUGUAUGUAAUUUGAUGCAGUUCUCCAGUCUAUAUUGUAAAUAUGCCAGAUGUGCGAACUCAAUUGCUGAAUGCUAGGGCAUUAAUUAAAAUUCUUGUUUGUGAAAGCUCAAGUAUGACCUGUAUUAAAUGCUUUCUUAGCAGCUAUCCUAUCAGAUUUGUCUUGACAACAGCAAAAAAAAACCCAACAAAAACCAACAAACCCACCUGUUGCAGCUCUUUUCUGUAAAAAAUCCAUUGUGGUAAUUCAUCAGGAUAUAUGGUUUAUAUGUGUUUCACGUUAAAUAUGUGUUUAUUCCAAAAUAUUUUCUCAUUAUGUUCAUUUGGAAUAUAUUGGAUAACUAUUCCACUUAUUUCUGAGAUUUUCUUAUUCUUAAAGUUUUGAGUUUGAAGUAACACUGGUACUUCUGUCAAGUUAAAAUGUUGGAUUAACAGAUAUCUGUUUAUAGAGCUGUUUAUACAAAACAGUCUGGAAAUAACUGAGUUUAGUUAGAGAAAAAUCUACAGCUAAUAAAUUACCAUGGCUCUGUUUAUAUCAGUGUGUUUUUGUAUCAGUGUAAGAACUGACCAGAAUAUUUCUUUCCUCUUUUUUUUGGGAGGAGGGACAGAGAAGGGGGUUAAUUCUUUUUGUACCUAUAACUGAAGGAAAAACAAAUGUAGGACCAAUGUGGAAGAAUCACAUUUCUUGGAGAAAAUUAUACUUUCAAAUAUUUGUUUGUGCCUGUUUAAAAACCUCUAAGAAUAUAUUUGAUCUUGCUUGAGAAUUUUUUUCUGGUAAUACUUAGAGGCAAACUACCUUUGGAGAUAGCCUGGGAAUUUACAAGUAAGAUUUUUGUUCAGUGUUGGGAACUAGGGAACUGAGUGUCACCUUCUUUUAGAUAUCCCUUACCUGUUUAUUGUCGGUUCAUUUUCUGAGACUCACCCAAUUCCCUUCUUCCAGAAUUUUAUUCCUUCAUGUUCUUAGUAAAAAAUAUUUUUAUCUGGAAAAAUAAUUGAAAUACAUUAGUUUGUGUAUCUUCAAAUGUAAACAGUGAAAACUGGCUUUUUUUAAUCCCUAUAUAAAUUUUUAUAUUUUAUCUACAAUAUAAUGUUCUUUUUCAACUGAUACUCAAGGUUGAUUAAGUGCUCGUUCACCAGUUUGACCUGAUCUGUGAGCUUUCUUGCAUCUGCAUGAAAAUAAAAUGACAGCCAAGAUGA